UUACUACAUUUGAGUAUGCAUAUCAUUGUGCAUGAUUAUUUUUAUCAGGUUGGCGAGGCUUCAGGACAAGAGGGAUAUACAUCUGCGUCUUUCCAUCCAGAUGGUCUUAUCCUUGGAACAGGAACUACUGAUGCUGUUGUUAAAAUUUGGGACGUGAAGGCUCAGUCAAAUGUCGCAAAGUUUGAGGGUCAUGUCGGACCAGUCACUGCUAUGUCUUUCUCUGAAAAUGGUUACUUCCUAGCGACUGCUGCUCAUGAUGGUGUUAAGCUUUGGGAUCUUCGUAAAUUAAGAAAUUUUAGGACUUUCUCUUCCUAUGAUUUGGACACGCCAACCAAUACUGUGGAAUUUGAUUUUAGUGGAAACUAUCUUGCCAUUGGUCUGAUAUGAUGUAUGCUAUUUGUCUCAUAUGGAGGAACUCUUUAUACUUCCAGAUUGUUUUACACUUGGUGCAAUUAUCAAUGGACUCUGUCU